GGGGCUAGCCCCCAGGGAGCACCCCAGACCUGCCUGCCCGGCCUCCCGAACUGGGGCGAAGAACUUCUCCGGACCCUCCAGAAUUGAAGGGCUGGAGCCCGAGUAUUCAGCUCCCCUCCCCGGGAGGGUCAGGCCUGAGGUCACACCCCCAGCCCGCACCUGAGGUGAUCCGGUCUUCCUUCAGCCCCAAGCCUGGAUACCUUGGGACUCUUAGAAAAAAAGACACUAUGUGGGACUCAGCCUCCAUUCAACCUGGUUGCCUGGACCGACUCCCCCACCCCCAGGCCGCCCAGGGGUCUCCCCUAGCUCCCUUUCUCUCUCCCUGCCACCCUGCUCUUCCUGGCUUGGAGGUCAGGGCCAUCCUGCUAGGCCAACCCUUGUCCCUCGGCCCUCCAGGACCACUCAGCUGACUUGCCCUUUUCUGGUAGCUCUCAGUCUCCUGUCUCCACAGAGGAGACACAGGCAGGCAUCCUGGCCGCCCCCACAGGGUGAACUGAGAAGGGUUCUGCUAUGGGAGGGCUGGGGUGGCACUUCUCAUGGCAAAGAGCUCUAAUUUCUGCUUCAGAAAUGAGUGUGUUGUGAAUACCUGGGCCGGGAGGGUCCCUGGGAGGUGGGGCUCUGAGUGUGUUCCCUCCUGGGCAGUGGAGCUGGGCCUUGAUGUCUCCUGGUGGGAUGUUAAGUGGGUGGAGGAAGUUAAGGUGCAGAUAAGGGGGCAAUAGUCACCUGGUGUGUGCUUACUCCAUUUUUAGGCCUGUGUCAACCACAGGGCAGCUUGUUGGGUCCCAGGGUAGGAGGAAAGGGAGGGGACGGAGGAGGACAGUCCCAGGCUCCAGUUUCUCCCCAACUUGCUGCUGCAGAGAGGGCAAAGCGCCACCUCUGCCCCGCCCAGUGACCCCUGUUCAAUCACCUAAUGAUACCACUGCCUAUAAUUACUGGCGUUGUACAGGGAUGGAAAGCCAGUGGCAUGCCAGGGCAGGGAGCAGGGCAGAGGUAUCUGCCAGAGGUACUGAGGGUGAGGUGACAGUGCCCACUGCCUGAGUGGUGCUUUAUAUAGCACUCCAGUGCUGUGUUUUGGCUUCACUUGGGGGAAGAAGAAAUCACAGCUUGGAGAGGUUGAGACCCGCUCUAAGUCAUUCAGCAUGAAGAAAACCGUCUACAGGAGUGUGUGCCUUGCCCUGGUCCUGCUUGUGGCCGUGACAGUAUUCCAGCGCAGUCUGACUCCCGGUCCGUUUCUGCAGGAGCACACGCUACCCACCCUGGGGCCAGAGAAGGAUAGCGGACAAUUGGUGAACUCCAACAACUUCUGGAAGAAUGAGAAGGAUGUGGACACCCCCAACCCCACAGCCGCUCUGGGUCCCCAGGCUUGGGACGUGACCACCACUAACUGCUCAGCCAAUAGCAACUUGACCCACCAGCCCUGGUUCCAGGGCCUGGAGCCUCAGUUUCGGCAGUUUCUCUUGUAUCGCCACUGCCGAUACUUCCCCAUGCUACUGAACCACCCAGAGAAGUGCAGGGACGAUGUCUACCUGCUGGUGGUUAUCAAGUCGGUCAUCACACAGCAUGACCGCCGCGAGGCCAUCCGCCAGACCUGGGGCCGUGAGCAGGAGUCAGCAGGCGGGGGCCACGGUGCCGUGCGCACGCUGUUCCUGCUGGGCACGGCCUCCAAGCAGGAGGAGCGGACCCACUACCAGCAGCUGCUAGCCUAUGAGGACCGCCUCUAUAGCGACAUCCUGCAGUGGGACUUUCUCGACACCUUCUUCAAUUUGACCCUCAAGGAGAUCCAUUUCCUCAAGUGGCUCGACAUCUACUGUCCCAACGUGCCCUUCGUCUUCAAAGGUGAUGAUGAUGUCUUUGUCAACCCCACCAACCUGCUCGAAUUUCUGGCUGACCGGAGGCCACAGGAGGACCUGUUCGUGGGUGAUGUCCUGCAGCACGCACGGCCCAUCCGCAGGAAGGAUAACAAGUACUACAUCCCCACGGCCCUGUACAGCAAGGCCAGCUACCCACCGUAUGCUGGUGGAGGUGGCUUCCUCAUGGCCGGUGGUCUGGCCCGGCGCCUGCACCAUGCCUGUGACACAGUAGAACUCUAUCCCAUCGAUGAUGUCUUCCUAGGCAUGUGCUUGGAGGUGCUGGGAGUGAGGCCCACAGCCCACGAGGGCUUCAAGACUUUUGGCAUUUCUCGAAACCGCAAUAGCCGCAUGAACAAGGAGCCAUGCUUUUACCGCUCCAUGCUAGUUGUGCACAAGCUGAUGCCUCCCGAGCUGCUGGCCAUGUGGGGUCUGGUGCAUGGCAACCUUACCUGUUCCCGUAAGCUCCAGGUGCUCUGACCCCAGCCGGGCCACCAGGACAGGCCAGGGCUCACUCUUCUGAGUCCCCAAGGUAUCAGGGCUGGAGCUGCAGUGCCUAGGUGGAUCCCUUGGUUCCUUUGGGAAGGUGGAAGUGUGGGCCCUAUAUGCCACUGGGUGUGGUGGGGUGCAGCUAGCCAAAGAGGGGCCUCCCUGUUCAGAUAAUUCCCAGAAAAUGAGGCCUGGAGACAGUUGGAGCUACCAGACUGGAAGUCCCCCAAGGAGCAAGGACACGGGCCCUGCAGCCUUCCUGACCUGGGCCUCUGACCCAGGGUGAGGCCUGGUGGCCUCUGAAGGAACCCUGUGCUCAGGGACCAGAGCUAGGUCUGGCUCCAGGCAUCUGAGGCUGCCCUUGUCUUCAUAGCCAAGAGUCUCCUUCUAUGAAAUGCCUCAGUCUCCCCAGGGACCAAGUGACCCUUUCAGGAGAAGCUCAACCCUGUGCAGGCUCACAGGUGUCCCCUGCAUUUCAUGCCCCAGAGUCUCGAGGGCACCUCAGUAGGCUCUCCUCAGGCUCCAGGCCUUUUUGGAGUCUGCUCGCCUCUGCUUCUAGGAACUGACCUACUGGAAGCAAGACCGGCCUCUCUGACUACCUCAGUGUGCCUCAGAACCUCUGUGUGGGCCCCCCCACCUCUGACAGGGCACAAGAGCAGCACCCUUGCCCCCCAGUGUCACAGUGCUGUCUGACCCCAGCCGAAGCUAAGGUCCCUCCUGCAGCCCUACCGAGGCCUGACUCCCUGGCUGGAAAGCUGCCUGUUUGGCCCCGGAAGUGGACAUCCUCUAUUACUGUGAAGUUUUAUUUAUGAAGAAUUUGGAGGGAGAAGGCUCCAGACCUCAGGAGGUGAUGGUGUUCUCCCAGCCCGCCCCUUCCUCUCCCUCACUCCAGCUGCCCCCCAGCCCCCAC